UGGAGGCUCCUAUCUCGCGCUGCCCUGGUCACCCACCCACCCUCCAGCUCCACCGUCACAGCUGGACCAGAAUUUCCGAUCAAGUCAGAAAGAUGGUGGUAGGGACUAGUGCCGUGCCGUCUUCGCCUAGAUCAACGAAAACCACCCAAAAGUCGUUUAUUUACUCUUCCGACACAACAAGAUAGCUACGGUCGGUCGAGAAGGGAGGCAACCUUCACCAAACGGAAGGGGACGCCGCACGGCGAAAGCGCACAGAGUAGCCGAGUGUUAUGGGCGCACGGCAUGCCAGUGAAAACUAGAGCUACCCAGCCAGACUAGAGGAAUUUGUGAAGAAGAGAUAAGACAGUGAAGCGAACCGCUGGUAAAAACUAUUCUUCGCUUUCGUGGAUUUAACAAGGGAAGAGGGAUCAAGGAUAUAUUGUUUUGCUCCUCAUGGGAUUCCGGAUCCUUAGGGAAUGCGAUAGGAAAUUCACAGACUCUCCCCCUGCCUUCCUCACUUCACGGCCCAAGCCUACAAGCUACCCCACGAAUGUACAAGUGUACAGCAACCACUGCUAACGAAGGAAAUAGGCUACGUCCUGGGGAGAAAAAAAAAGUUUGGAAGCCUCUUUGGGCACAGAGGGAAACAUAUCGCUGACGUUUUUGCAGGCGUUUUGCUUUUGCUUUGAGACCGUUUUUUUAACCGUCAUUUUGAAUGGAUAUCUACCAUACCACACGGCUGAAAAUACACCUCAAUAAGAACACUACCCACGAAUAACUCCAGCGAGUUUUAUAUGAAUUUUAACAGUUUGUCUUUACCAGCUUUUACGUAGGUGGCAGUUUUAUGCGUUUUGUUUUCUGCCAACUCUGCGCAACAAGUUAAUGACCCACUCAAGCGCACAACGAGUCCUAAGAUAAUAUCUAGUGUCAUGUUUUGAGCGCCUCUCUCUCUCUCUAUCGAAACGUCCUCGAAUUACAGAUUCAUUGGAAGUGGGGAUACAACCGGUGUAGAACCGGAGAGGGAGGUCAGGAAAGGACGGGGCUGCUCCGUGGGAAUAGGCCCGCCUGUUGCACCGAAGCGGUGGGGACCGACCACAAACGGUCGCUGGUGAUUUGGGUGGUCGCGAACGGACGGCUGUAACUCCUCUGUUUCGUAUAUUUACUUAGCUCUGGCCUACACCAGCGGCUUUGGAAACAACGGGAGAACCCAGUAGUUCAGACAUGUUAUUCUCUCCAACGUUGGCACACGCUCCAUGGAAUGAGUAUAUGCUUUCAGAACGAAAAUAAAUUAAAAAGGGAUUUUUUUCUGAGCGUGUCCUCGAAGAUUAGACAUACUUCUGAAAGAAUCCUCUAGCCUUUUGUGGCACAUUUUGGAAUGCGUCAGACCAACCGUGGAUACCCUUUAUAAACCAACAAAUGAAAUAUUGGAAUUGAAAACGUCAAGAAAAUGCCUCUCCUUUCGUCAGAUGUGUGUAAAAUAGUAUAACUGUGUAAACUUUAAUUUGAGGAGAGGGCGUGAAGAUAUCAAUAAAUAAAGGCAGUGCCAAAACACUACGCGCUUUGGAAAGAGGACUUUAAAUAUUUUAAUAGUAUUAAACUCAAGUAUUGUUUAACCGAUGAAUCGUUAUGUGACAGCCUUAAGAAGUCGUUACCGUGAUGUUUAAAAAAGGAGGUAAAGAGAGAACGGAUGACAUUGCUUUUAGGCAGUUGGAAAGAGACUCACGUGCACGAACCGAACUGCUCGAGAGCCCCUGAAGAGACCGGGAAAUGGAAUGUGAGUACUGACGUAAUACGAGAUCGGAUAAUGAGCUACUCAAGAGUUUGGAACGGUCUUUUUUAUAUGAGUGAAUGUACCAGCUACCUCGUGCGUAGUAAAGACGUCUGUUUCGUGCGCACCAUUUAUCCGGUGUGAUACCCAUCACCCUUUCCCUCUCUCCUCCUCAAUCUCUCUUCCUCCCCCCUCUUCCCCCCGCCAGAUGUGCUCUCCCUCAAUACCUGAUUGCCUGCGCCGUCUGACACUGUUGACCGGACAGUAGCUGAAUUAUUUCGAGCCUUGCAUCACGACAGCAGUCGACAUGGCCUCGGUGCAAAAACACCGGCAGUUUCUCAUGCACUGCACGGAGGUGAGCGUCGGUCCCAGAGGGGAUGGCGCAGUGACGGUGCGGAUUACCGACAACACCACAGAACACGUGCCUCCCCAGCAACAUCAACAGGCGAACGAGCAGCGUGCCGGGGCUACCGUGGGCGGGAGUCCCCUAGGUAACAGUGGAACUACUGAAGUCGACCCCACUUCACACAAAUACAGCUUUUCCAGCUGCAGCUCAGGUGAUUCUGGUGUGCGCAGGAGUUUCAUGACCACCCUACGCAGCCAUAGCAAAGUCCCCCCUCUGUUUGAGAGGUCGGCCGCCCAGUGCUGGGACCCCAAAUUCGACUCCUCCAUCUUGGAAGAGGCGUGCCGCGAGCGCUGCUUCCCGCAGACGCAACGCCGCUUCCGGUACGUUCUCAUCUACCUGGCGGCCUGCAGCGUCCUCUGGGGCGUGUACUUCGGCGUCCACUCCGAACGCUGCCACCCCGUCGCCUUCCUCGCCCCCACCGCCUCCUUCCUCCUCCUCCUCCUCCUCCUCUUCCUCUUCACCUUCACGCAACCCUACACGCGCUUCUACAACCAGGCCUCCCUGCUCCUCAUCACGGCGACGUUUGCCAUCACCCUCGCCCCGCAGAUCCAGACCGCCGGCUUCUCCGACCCGGAGGGGUCCGGCGGAGGCGGGAACCAGACCCCCUUCGGCCCGCCUCCCUCCCCGGCCGGAGGGCUCCUCCCCCGGGCUCCAUGCAUGACCCCGGUGGGCACCUUCUCCCUGUGCAUGGAGGUGCUGCUUCUCCUCUACAGCGUCCUCCACAUCAGGCUGUACGCCUCGGUCCUGCUGGGGCUGCUGUUCUCCGUGCUGUACGAGACCUUGGGGUGGCUGCCCCUGCUGCAGAGGAGCUACGACGGAGGCGAGGGGGCCGGGGCGGGCGGCCUCGGGGGAUCCGGGGAUCCGGGCUGGGAACAGGAAACCCUGCCGUGGCUGGGCCCGGGGAAGGCCCUGCUCCACCUGUGCGCCCACGUCAUCGGCAUCCACCUCUUCAUCAUGUCCGAGGUGCGCUCCCGCAGCACGUUCCUCAAGGUGGGCCAGGCCAUCAUGCACGGGAAGGACCUGGAGGUGGAGAAGGCCCUGAAGGAGAGGAUGAUCCACUCGGUCAUGCCCCGCCGUGUGGCGGACGAGCUGAUGAGGCAGGGCGACGACGAGGACGGAGGCGCCGGGAAGCGCUACUCGGCGGGCGCCUGCUCCGCCGCGGGGAUUUCCGCGUCGGGGGGGGGCGGCGGAGGAGGAGGAGGGGGCGGGGGCGGCCCGUCGUCGACGGGCGCCGUCAGCCCCAAGAACCACGCCCACCACCACCGCAAGCGCAAGAAGACCUCCCUCCCGCGCGGCAAGAUCGUGUUCCGCCCCUUCAACAUGACCCGAAUGGAGCCCGUCAGCAUCCUGUUCGCCGACAUCGUGGGCUUCACCAAGAUGUCGGCCAACAAGUCGGCGCACGCCCUGGUGGGCCUCCUCAACGACCUCUUCGGCCGCUUCGACCGGCUGUGCGAGCUCACCUGCUGUGCCAAGAUCAGCACGCUGGGCGACUGCUACUACUGCGUGGCGGGCUGCCCAGAGCCCCGCCCCGACCACGCCUACUGCUGCGUGGAGAUGGGCCUGGGCAUGAUCCAGGCCAUCGAGCAGUUCUGCCAGGAGACCCGGGAGACGGUGGACAUGCGCGUGGGCGUCCACACGGGCACGGUGCUCUGCGGCAUCCUGGGGAUGAAGCGCUUCAAGUUCGACGUGUGGUCCAACGACGUCAACCUGGCCAACAUGAUGGAGCAGCUGGGCGUGGCCGGGAAGGUGCACCUGUCGGCCGCCACCGCCGGCUUCCUGGACGAGCGCUACCUGAGGGAGGACGGGAGGGUGGAGGAGAGGGCGGGGCGGAGCCAGUUGGAGCAGCUGAAGGGACUCAAGACCUACCUGAUCUCGAGGAGGAAGUCUGAGCACGCUCCGUGCGACUGUUCUCAGCUCACCCUGGGAGGCUGGGGGGACACAGUGGGGGACAGUGCCCCCCUCCCUCUUGCCACUCGCCCCCACACCCCUGACCUCAUCCCUGGGGGGGCGGAUGCCGAAGCCCUCCUCCCCUCACGCCCCCCCGACAGAAUCAAGUGUGGGCCCUGUGCUGUGGGGGGGUGUCCUGGGGCGGAGCACACAGAGGAGGGGGCCGUCCUGAACGGCUGCCAGGAGGAACUCAAAACCAACUGUGCCAAGUUCGUUCCAGGCCACAGCCCCAGGGUGGUCAACGGGCUGCUCAGUCCUUCGCUGGAGGACCCGGUGAGGGACAGUCAGAGCUCCCUGUAUGAAAUGCUGCAGGAGAAGGAGAAGAAGAACAGCACGGGGACGGGGACGGGCACCAGCCCGGCCGGGGCGGGCGCCGGGGUGGCGGGGGCGCGCGCCGGGGCGGCGGGGGCAGGCAUGGACCACUCCGCCCUCAUCUCCCUCCGCUCCAAGAACUUCCGGGAGAGGAGCGACGCCCACUUUGUUGACGUCAUCAAGGAGGACAGUCUGAUGAAGGACUACUUUUUCAAACCGCCCAUAAACAAGAUCAGCCUCAACUUCCUGGAGAGGCCCCUGGAGACAGCCUAUAGGGUCAGCUACCAGGAAGAGGUGGAGAACAAGGCCCCGGUCCAGACCUUCGCCAGCCCCACCUUCAGCUCCCUCCUGGACGUCCUCCUCUCCUGCUCCGUCUUCCUGGCGCUCACCCUCGCCUGCUUCCUGCCUGCCAUGGUUGCCGCGGCGACGCCCCCACCCGCCGCCAUGGCGCUAGCCGCGGUGGCCGGACUGCUGGAGCUGGUCUCCCUGGUGUUGUCUAUAAAGAUGACCUUCUACCUGGCUGACGUGCGGCCCUGCACCCAGACCCUCCUCCAGGGAGUGUCCGGUUGGCUGCCCCGACACCUGGUCGGUGCCGUGCUCGUGUCUCUUCCUGCUAUCUCCGUGUUCUCCCACCUCGCUAGCGGUCCCCCGUCCCUGCAGGUGACCAAGUUCCUGUGCUGUGCCACCAUCAUCGCCAUCAUCCAGUACUGUAACUUCUGCCAGCUGAGCUUCUGGAUGCGCUCUGUCCUGGCCACAGCUGCAGGAGCAGCUCUGCUGCUGCUCCUCUCCAGCCCCCUCUACAGGCCAGGCUCCAGUAAUGACACCUCUCCAGCUGUAGGUAAUCUCAGUUCAGAGACCUGGCCCGCCCCCCCCGCAGGCUGGUCCGAGCCCGUGACCCCGGUGGAUCUCCUGCUUCAGGAGGCCAUCUUGGCCUUCUUCCUCCUCCUCCUCCUCGUCUGGUUCCUCAACCGCGAGUUUGAGGUCAGCUACCGCCUGCAUUACCACGGCAACGUGGAGGCCGACAAGCAUCGCAGCAAGAUCAGGACCAUGCGGGACCAGGCCAACUGGUUGCUGGGCAACAUCAUCCCCAUCCACGUUGCCGAGCAGCUGAAGGUGAACCAGAGCUACUCCAAGAACCACGACGACGUGGGCGUGAUCUUUGCCAGCAUCGUCAACUUCAGCGAGUUCUACGAGGAGAGCUACGAGGGGGGCAAGGAGUGCUACCGCGUCCUCAACGAGCUCAUCGGCGACUUCGACGAGCUGCUCCACAAGCCCGCCUUCUCCAACGUGGAGAAGAUCAAGACCAUCGGCGCCACCUACAUGGCAGCGUCCGGCCUCAACGUCCAGCGCUGCUCCGACUGCGAGGACGACGGCUGCGGCGGCGGAGGCGGCGGAGGCGAAGGUCACCCUCUCGGCCACUUGAGGGCGCUGUUCGACUUUGCCCUGGAGAUGAUGGGCGUGCUGGACGACUUCAACAAGAACAUGCUGGGAUUCGGCUUCAAGCUGAGGAUCGGGUUCAACCACGGGCCGCUGACGGCAGGGGUCAUCGGCACCACCAAGCUGCUGUACGACAUCUGGGGCGACACGGUCAACAUCGCCAGCCGCAUGGACAGCACGGGGGUGGAGUGUCGCGUCCAGGUCAGCGAGGAGAGUCACACGGCGCUCAGCGCCAUGGGGCUGGAGUUUGACUACCGUGGUACCGUUAACGUCAAGGGCAAAGGUCAAAUGAGGACCUUCCUGUAUCCACCAAGUAUAGAGACUGGGCUGUCAGGUUCUCAGCCCCCAUUGGCUGUCUCGCAAGGGGGCGGGGUGGCUGCAACCUCGACCGUGACGGAGGUGGCCAAUGAGGCGUCUGAGUCCGCCGCCAAAGCGCUGGCUCCUCCCAUUUCUUCAUCCUCCUCUUCCUCUCGUCACGCUCCUCCUCCCCCAGGACAGGGGCUAGAUCUGGGCACAGACGAGCCCGCUGGGGUGAAAGCCGAGGGGUAUAGGGACGCUCCCAGGCCCUCUGGGCCCACGGACCCCCAGCCACAGCCCCAAAGCCCUACCCUGGACUCUCCCCCAGACUCCAGGGUCACACAGGCGACCUCUCUGCCUCUCAGACUCGAACGGGACGAAGAGGAGGAGGUGGACGAGCUUACAAAGCUCAAUGAGGAGUUCUGCGAACGUCUUUGAUCCAUGGCACCCGUCCUCCAUUUAGAGUCUCCCAGCCUCCACCCGAGUCUCUGCCUCCCCUCAGGGAACCCCCAGGUGUGUGUGUGUGUGUGUGUGUGUGUGUGUGU